AUGUCCAGCUCCGACUGCCGCCCCGACUACCCGCUCAGCUCCGACUUGGUGAAGAGACUGAAGUCUGCGCUGGACGCCAGGGAUGAGGAGGCGGUGAGCACUGUGAUCUGCACUCAGGUGCGGCACGUGGACACCGUGAUCGAACUGGCCAACGACGACUGGAUGAAAGACCCCGCAGUCCAGCUGCCCCCCGGGGUGCUCCUAGGUAACCAGGACCCCUCUCCUCUUCUCCUGGACCAGGUCUCUCGGGACGCCAGCGUGGUGCUUGAGACCGACAAGGAGGAGCUGAGUGGCCUCUGGACCCUGGAGUACAAGCGUGAGCUCACGUCGCCCCUGUGCAUCGCCGCAGCCCGAGGCCACACGGCCAGCGUGCGCCACCUGCUCGGCCGCGGCGCCAACCCCGACGCCAGCCCCGGCGGCCGCGGGCCCCUGCACGAGGCCUGCCUGGGGGCCCACACGGCCUGCGCCCAGCUGCUGCUGCAGCACCGCGCCGACCCCGACCUGCUCAGCGCAGAGGGCCUGGCGCCCCUGCACCUCUGCCGCACGGCCGCCUCCCUCGGGUGCGCGCAGGCGCUGCUGGAGCACGGGGCCUCGGUGCAUCGCGUGGGCGGCGCAGGCCGGGACACACCGCUGCACGUGGCGGCGCAGCACGGCCUGGACGAGCAUGCGCGCCUCUACCUGGGCCGCGGAGCGCGCGUGGACGCGAGGAACGGCCGCGGCGAGACGGCCCUGAGCGCGGCGUGCGGCACGGCGCUGCGGCCCGACGAGCAGGAGCGCGGCCUGCGCCUGUGCGCACUGCUGCUGCGGCACGGGGCGGCGGCGAACGCGCGCGACGAGGACGAGCGCAGCCCGCUGCACAAGGCCUGCGGCCACGCGCGCCCCAGCCUGGCGCUCCUCCUGCUGCAGCACGGCGCCGACCCCGCCGCGGUGGACUACGGGGGCUCCUCGCCGCUGGCCCGCGUGCUGCAGGCGGCCUCCUGCGCGCCCCAGGCCGCGUCCGCGCGCACUGUGCAGGCGCUGCUCAACCACGGCUCCCCCACCGUGUGGCCCGACGCCUUCCCCAAGGUGCUGAAGACCUGCGCGCCGGCCCCCGCGGUGGUGGAGGUGCUGUUCAACUCCUACCCUCAGCUCCGAGUGUCCGAGUCCUGGAGGAAGGUGAUCCCUGCCGAGGUGUUUCAGGCGCACCAGCCCUUCUACCGGUCUCUCUUGGCCCUGGCCGGCAGCCCGCGCAGCCUGAAGCACCUCUGCCGCUGCGCCAUCCGCAGGCAGCUUGGCACGAAGGGCUUCCUCGCUCCCCUGUUACCCUUGCCCGAGGCCCUGCACAGCUACCUGCUGCUGGAGCCAGAGGGUGUCCUGCACUGA